AUGAACACCACCCCGUACGAGCUUGAAAACGGCAAGUAUGCCACCAGCCAAGGUGAGAACGUCGACCAGAACGGCAUCCUCAUUGGUCAGUGGAAGGCGGGGAUCUUUGCGUGCUUUGAUGCGUGCGUCCCCAACUGUUUGAUGGCGUGGUGCUGUCCGUGCAUCUCGUACGCGCAGACGCGCCACCGCUUGAACGGGUCCUUCUGGAGCUCGUGCUGCCUCUUCACGCUGUGCCUUGGCCUCCCCAUUCUCUGCAUCCGCGGUGAAGUCCGCGACCGCUUCCAGAUCCCCGGCAGCUGCUGCGAGGACAUUUGCUGUGCGUGCUUGUGCCCAACCUGUGUCCUCGCGCAGGUUGCGACGCACACGGAAUCGUACACGCCGGGCUCGUGCGACUGCAGCCCCAAGGACGUCUUGCUUGGCUACAACGCCUAA